AUGUUCGAGGAAUGUACAUCUUCGACCGUUUCGGUAGAAGAAAUUCGUUCUUGGUGGGAAGUACCCGCCAUCGCACACUUUUGCUCUUUAUUCAGGACAGCAUUUGGGCUCCCAGACUUCGAAAUUGAGGAACUAGAAGAGGCUCUCCUGAUAAAUGAUAUUGACUUUCUUGAUGACCUGAUUGCUUGUUUGCUUCAAGGCUGCUAUCAGCGUAGAGACAUCACACCUGACAGUUGUGACAUGUACUUGGAAGACAUUAUAAAACACCGAUGGGAACUUGAAGAAGGGAGACCGAACCCACUGAAAAAUACCAAGUUCAAAGAAUUACCCAUUCGUUUACGUGUUGAGCUGUUGCACAGGUUAUGCGACUACAGAUUAGAUGCAGAUGAUGUGUUUGAUCUUUUAAAGGGUCUGGAUGCUGAUAAUUUACGAGUGGAACCUUUAGGAGAAGAUGCUGUUGGAGCAACCUAUUGGUAUUUCUAUGGCACUCGUUUAUAUAAAGAGGGACCAUCUUUCAUACUGGAGAAAAAUCAAGUUGAAGAAAUUGAAAAUGGAAAACUAAACACCUAUAGUUCCAAUUAUAAACUUACCAACUUGAAACUUAAAAAGAGAGGUCGACCAUCAAAACGGAAAAAACUGGAAGAUAAUUAUUUUACAACAAUGAGUGAAUCCACGAUUGUAACCCGAGAAGUGCCUCCUAUUGAAGAUUCCCGACAAGAAUGCAAAAGUCGUGAUCCAUUGAAAACCCCUGGAAGUUGUGGCACUUGGGAGCUAGUGUGUCAGACAGAGGAAGAAUGGAGGAAAUUAACGGAAGGCCUCCAGACAAACACUUCUAUUAAAGAAAGACAGCUGCAUGCAACUCUCACUGAAGACUUCCUUCCUGAAAUUUGCAAUAUGAUUGCUCAUAAGGAGAAACAGCUGCAGAAGAAGCUGUCUGAAAUGGCUCCCAGGAGAAUUUCUGACCGCCUGACCCUAAAACGGUUGCAGCAGGAGGAAGAGGAAAAAAUGUCUGCAAUUGCAAAAGUAGAAGAACAGAAACGAAGAGAAGAGGAAGCAGAACGUCAACUACUUUUGGCUGUGCAGAAAAAAGAACAAGAGCAACUCAUGGAAGAAGAGAGGAGGAGGGAGUUUGAAGAAAGAGUCAAAGCUGUAGAAGGCCGUGCUAAAAGAAGGAAGAUGAGAGAAGAGCGAGCCUGGUUACUAUCUCAGGGAAAAGAAUUGCCUCCUGAACUUUUGAACCUUGAACCACUGUUCCCUAAAAAGAAAGAUAAGAAGACAAAAGACUUAUUUGAACUCGAUGAAGAUUAUAUUGCUAUGUAUAAAGUCCUAGAUGCUGUGAAAGCUCACAAGGAUUCUUGGCCCUUUCUUGAACCUGUAGAUGAAUCAUAUGCCCCAAAUUACUACGAGAUAAUUGAAACACCUAUGGAUCUAUCCACCAUUGAAAGAAAACUUAAUGAAAAACAAUAUACCGUGAAAGAAGAAUUUGUUGCUGAUAUGAAGGUUAUGUUUGAAGAUUGUCUGGAAUAUAAUGGCGAAGGAAAUGAAUACACAAAGAUGGCUGAAGCUCUAGAUAGGUGUUUUAACAAAUCAAUGUUAAAACACUUCCCUGCAGACGAUGCUGACAGUGAUGAAGAGUUCAAUUUAAGGUGGGAAGAUAGGGAAAAGAAAGACCGGAGACGGACUAAGUCAAGCCGCUUUGGAAAAGAAGCCACUGAAACUCUAAGUAAAAUGACCAAUGAAUCUCUAAGACAGCAAAAACAAGUGAAUGGAGAAGUGCAAAGUGCUGGAGCUGAGAGGAACAGUGACCAAUUGCAGCAUGGGCCUCCUUUAAGGACAUUAGGACUAGUAAAUGGGCAGACUUAUCCUCUUUCACCACCGUACAAGGGAAUGUCAUGUACUGAUUCAGCACGUCAAAUGUAUCCUCUUCAAGGCCAACAACAUCAAGUAACUGUGAAUGACCGUCAGGGCCCUCGGAUGUUAGCAGCUGGCAAUAAAACAACAUUUCCUGGGCCAGUACAUGGACCUUCUCUCGGUCCUAGACCCCCAUCAGUGCCUCAUGGAACAGUGAAUGCUCCACCUCAGGAAGGAAGUAUGUACCCAAGCCAACCUUUUCAACCAGGAUACACAGCGCACCGUUUAGAAGGACCAGUUCACCAUCCAAACUCUGAUUUUCAGGGGAGGCAUGUUUAUAAUCCAUAUGGUCGCCCAAAUGGCCCAUGUCAUGGGCCUCGUCAUGUCUGGGACAGUAAUAAUGAUGGUUCAAUUGAAAGACCUUUAGGAUCUGUUGAAAACAAUCGACUGGUUGCUCCAGGUCAGUCCCCACAGUCACAGCAUCGUCCAUUUCCCCAAAUGAUGGAGCGCAGUCUAAUAAGGCCAAGUGUGCCACUCAAUCAUUGGCCAGAUCAACCAGAUUGUCUACCUCAAAAUGGGCCACCAGGAUAUCCCAGACUUCCAAAUUCACCUCAAGCACCUAGUGUACAGAGAAUGCCACCUCCUUUCCUGAGACAUCCACAUCAAGGUCUCCACAUUGAUUCGAUGUUGUCUAGUCCAGAGAUGAUUGCAAUGCAGCAACUUUCUGCCCCCGUCUGUCCACCAGGGCAUUCUUCAGCAUAUCUUUCUGGUGCCCGUGUACCAGCACCACAGCAGCAACAUGGUGAAGCCCAGCAAUCUCACAAACACGCUUUGGAGGGUAAUGCUGAUUCAUUAGGGGCAUCACAGCAUACUGAUAUGCCAACAGAUAUUGAAGAAACUCAAGAAACGGAGUCAAUCAAAAACACAUUAACUGGAGGUGAACAAAAACAACAAUGCAAAGAUUCAGGCAUCUCUCCUCCAAAUACCGAACCAACAGCACAACAGCCCUCCGAAGGUGACAUCAAACUGAAUCCAACCAAUUUUAUUGAAUCGGACACAAGUGAAAGUAAUGGGUUGAGACCCAUCAAAGUUGAAGACGAAGAAAAAUGUGACGUUAAAUUGAAAGAUAUUAGUAGUUCAGUUGGAAGGACACAGAAAGAGACGAGCAAACAAAUUGCAGAUUCCAAAAAAAGGGCCAUAAAGAGCAGAGCAAAGAAUAAUAAAAAAUUCAGUGGCAGAGUAAACAAAGAGAAAAAAGUCAAAAAUCAAACAAAAGCUGAGGUUAAGAACCAUAAUGAUAACCUGGUCAACCAAAGUACCCCCAACCUCAUACAUUACGCUGAAUCUUUAGACCAAUUAGCCUCCAAUAGUUUGCUGAACACAAAUGAGGAGUCUGUAAAAAAUACGAACACCUUAAUACAAGGCAAACAGGGAAAAAAUAAUGGAACUAAUCCUGGGAUGAUGGGAAUUAUGGCACACACACAAUAUGGACAUAAUCCAGAGUACUCUGCUGCAGGUCAGUAUGGUAUGAAUCAUGGUUGCAGACCCUUUGGAAGAAAUAUGGGUGGACCCCAGACAUUUGCGAACACACAGCCUUUUCCCAAUCCAAGGUUUUCUCAGCAGUUGCCACCGGGGAUAUACCCUGCAUAUCAGCACCAAGUCCAAUGUUAUCCAUAUCAUGCUUCCCAGCAACAAAUUCAAUCACCAUACCACCAAUAUCAACAUUCUCAUUACUAUGCUUAUGCUCAAGGGCAAGGGUAUCCUACAGAGGACUGGCCCCAAGCCCUGUCACCAACAGGCCCUCAUCUCCAGCAGUCUAGCCAUUUAUCAGUACAUAAUGGAAAUGGGAAAACAUCAGUGUCUGGUAUUCCUUUGCAGGGUUCGGAGGGAUCAUCAGACAGUCACACAUUAGCAAAUGCAACACAGGAAGUGAUGAAUGGAAACUCUAAAGAAAACAAUGACAUGAGCCAGGGGACUAAUAAUAUGUCACACACCAUAAAGGAUGAAAAAUUAAAUAAAGAACACGAAAGGCCUGAAAGUCCAAAGGAAAUCCUGGAUCUAGACAGUCAUAAUGCUGCUGCUAAAAGACACAAUGCACAACCUGUAAGUGGACUGAUAUACAGAGGACCUGCUGUACAUCCUGGGAUUCAAGGCCCCCAUGGGAUUCUUUCACAUUCAUCUGUUUAUACAGCCCAGUCUUCAUCUCUUUUUAACACUAAUCCUUAUGCAACUCGGCGACCACCUCAGGCCAUAUUGGGAGCUUCACGCCAUCGUAUCCCACCUCGUCAGAUAAAUGGCCAGCCACAAACCAGAAUGCCUUUGUACAGUCAAUCUGAUGAAAGAAUGGGUCAGUAUCAAAAUAUAAUGAUGCAGCAACAGAGAAUUAGACCACCAGCAGAAGAACGUUACAACAUAAGAGGGAUGUCAGUACAGGAAAAUCCAUUUCAGAAA